AGGCCAUUUUCUUUCAAAGAUUUUUCCCCAAAUAAAAUAAACUCCCAACUGAUUUUCGCGAGAGAAAAUUAAAAAUUUUCCCGAGAAAAUUGAACAAAGCUCGAAACGGAAUUAUGGUUCAGUGAUUCCCCAAACUCUAAACAGGUAAGUCCCGAGACGAUGAGGUCGAACCCUGCCAAGUCUUUGAGAUCAUACAAAGAUUUCCCUUGGAUUUGUAAUGGAAGGAGAGCGAUCCAAAAUUUCAUCGGAUUCGAAGAAAAUGAAUCAGGAAAAUGGGAAAGCAAUAAAUUGGGAAGAUUUCCAGCAAGAGCUUGCGCGUCUAUGGAGUCUUUCUUCUGCUCUCAAUGAAGCUAAUGAAAAGAAACAAAGCCUUCAUCUGAAGCUCGAUCCCCUUAUUCAGGUUGAAGCGGAGUCAAUAAAUCGAAUAAAUGUGCUUGAGGAAAUGCGUGAGAAACUGGAAUUAAGAAAAUUGGUGCUGGAAAAUUUGUCAAAGUGCCAUAAUAAAGCCGCAGAGACUGUUAAAAAGAAAGAGGAGCAGCUUAAUGAUGAUGUUAGUGCACUAUUAUAUGGUGGGACUACUCUUUCUACUAUUCGUAACCGGUUGCAGGAAUCGAAUGAGUUUCUUGCUGGAGGAAAAGGGUAUAUUCGGCUUAAAAAAGUGGAAAAGAAGCUAAGAAUGAGAGAACAGUAUAUGGUGUCACAAGUUGCAUUGCUCUAUCCUGUAAAAAUAUCUGCAGGAGCUGCACAUGACCAGGAGCUUGAAUCGUUUCCGAGCAGUAGCAAAUUAGGGAAUUCAGCUGGAUGUAAGCCUGUGAAUCCGGGAUCUUUGACAAUUUUGGGUCAUCAGUUGACAAUGGCUCCUUUUAAAACAAUGUCUCUUUUCUCAGACAAGAAAGAGGCUCAGAAGACUUCAAGUGCUCUUGGAUACGUUGCUCAUGCUGUUUUACUUAUAGCUUCAUACUUGAAAGUUCCACUUCGGUACCCUGUGCGCUUUGGUUGCUCUCGGUCAUAUAUUAUUGACUAUGCACCAUCGGUAGAGCCUACAUCAUCGGCUGAUUUGCAAUCGAAUACAUCUCUUUCGACAAACAUAAAGCAAGUGGAAUUCCCUCUUUUUUUAGAUGGUCACGACACAACAAGAACUGCUUACGCCGUUUUCUUACUAAACAAGGAUUUAGAGGAGCUUUUAAAUUUCAUUGGUGUUGAUAGUUUAGGACCAAGGCAUGUACUUGCUAAUUUGAAGGAGCUUGUAAGGACUAUUCAAUCUGCAGAUUAUAUUGAUACAUGAAAUAAUAUUGUUUAUAUUUUUCUUAACACUUUUUCUUUUUUACAUUUAUGGGUGCAAAUUUUUUAUGGGAGCACCUUACCACAAUGUCUUGUUGUACUAAAAAAAAGUUGUGAUUAAUGCAAAAUUAAUUAUUUAGUAUGA